AGCAGUUUGUACUUCUAGAAGAAAAAACUUCUUGUGUUGUGAGGUUGAGUCGGUGGUGAUGGUUUAGCACUGGCACUGACCACUGUUGAGACUGAAGUCACAUGACUCUUGUGCCAGCUGUAGCCCCUGCCACAAAGAGAAAUUUGCUCGGCUCAUCGCCUGUGAUAACCUGAAGUGGUUGGAGGCACUCAUGCUACCCAUAAUGCACUGCAACUAUCAUAACAGUUCUAUGAGCCAACUUGUGUUUAGUUUCAGACUUGCAACCCUAAGUGUUGCUUAUGAGCUCAAGAAGAAGCUCAACCUUUGAGUCUUCAGUCAGCCUUCCUCUGCCAGGUGACCAUCAUGAAUCACCAUUCCACACCUGUGGACCAUCACAACACACGACAGUUGAGGGUAACCGUCGCCACUCCUCCACCACUGUGUCGCCAGACUUCUGCAGCUGCAAAUGUGGAUUAAAAUAACCUCUUUGAAAAUGUCACUCGACCUGCGCAAACUUUGAUCACAACGUGACACCGGCUCACUGUGAGACAGUCAUGUGACUCCAAGCACUUAAAUUCAGCUGCAGCAGCAGAGUUCGCCCAGGCUUCCGUGUCCUCCUCAUCCUGAAAUCUGUAGGCGGAACAAUGUCAGUUCAGGCAACACUGCUCCCCGUGUGGCAGGUCACCACGGCAACCCGGUGUUUAUCAGGCGGCAGCUCGGCCUGGUCUCUACCGCUGCCUUGUUUUGUGAGGAAUGCAAAUAAAGGUCGUCCAAGACAAGCCAGGUUGUCAGUCUAUACCGACCCACUUCAAUUGUGUGCAGAUGUGGGAAAGAGUGUAGUAGAAGGCUGUAGUUCCGAAGUCUGAGACCACGAAUCUGUGUUUCCAGAGCUGUCACCAUCACCAUCUUCUUCACCUCAACAGUGUGUGUUGUGUGAGCAAGUUCUGAGACUCUACUGCCACCUGCUGCCCCGCUGAGCUCACUGGCACCAAGGCUUUUCCUCUUGCUAAAGAAGCUAAAGAACACAAUGGAGGUCUGCAAUCUCGUCUUCACACAGCUUCAUGUGGACCCUGGCAAAUGCAGUCACCUUCUCAAAGACGGCAGGGACAAACCCAACACAUGCUCAUACAUAAACACUGGCUUAUUGUUUGACUUACACGCAACACUUCAUAGAUUGAAGACUCACACGCGCAGUGACCAUGUGACACGCACACCACUCUAAUGCUUCAGUUGCUCAUGAAGGUUAAACACACUUUAUUGCUGAUGGAAAUAACAAAUGCUUCUCCACAACAAAGCUGUCUUGAUAAAAAAGUGGAGACCGUGUUCCCCCUCUGACUGGCGAGAACCUCGAGCUUGUCUCCUCUGAGGUACAGAGAGAAGCCCCUUCCCUUUAAUAUCUCCUCAUCUCUCUCUCUCUCUUUCGCUCUGUGUCUGACGUCACUGGAGUAUAAAUCCCUCCGUGUGUGUUUGCGCUCUCUCCUCCUCCUCCUCCUUCUCCUCCUCCUCCCCUCCUCUUCCUCCUUCAUCAUCAUCAGCCCCUCUCUGAGCCGCUCGCUGGUCACUGCUCCACAGCAGCCGAGCCUGGGAGUCUGACCCAUGACUGGACCGGACCGCAGGAUCAGGGGCUUCGCCUGAGAAGGUCUGGAACUGGCGGGCGAAUCCCAGGACGAGGCUGGAACUUCUCCGAAAAACACAACGCGACUCAGUCCGGUUUCCACGGAGGAGAAAGACAGAGUGGAGCAAUGAAUCUGUCCAUGGGGAUGAACGACUCCUCCAUGACUCCUCUGCCCGGAGACUUGCUCCCGUGGAUGGAGUCUCCAGAGCAAAACGGCAGCGUGGCGUUCUCCACCGCUGCUGGCGACGUUCCCAUGAACCCCUGGGACAUCAUGCUGUGCAUGUCCGGCACCGUCAUCGCCUGUGAGAACGCCAUCGUGGUGGCCAUCAUCUUCUACACGCCCACGCUGCGGGCACCCAUGUUUGUCCUGAUCGGGAGCCUGGCCACGGCAGACCUGCUGGCCGGGAUGGGACUGAUCCUGAACUUCGUGUUCCAGUAUGUGAUCUCCUCGGAGACCAUCAGCCUCAUCACUGUGGGCUUCCUGGUGGCGUCCUUCACGGCGUCCAUCAGCAGCCUCCUGUCCAUCACCGUCGACCGCUACUUCUCCCUCUACAACGCCCUCACCUACUUCUCGGAAAAGACGCUGCAGUACGUGCACCUGAUGCUGCUGGGCACCUGGGGGGUGUCUCUGUUCCUGGGCCUGCUCCCGGUGCUCGGCUGGAACUGCCUUAGCGAGCCGGCCUCUUGCAGCAUUGUCAAGCCCUUGACCCGAAGCAACCUGGCGCUGCUGGCGACCUCCUUCUUCGCCAUCUUUGUGCUGAUGCUAACCCUCUACUUCAAGAUCUGCAAGAUCGUGUGCCGCCACGCCCACCAGAUCGCCCUCCAGCAGCACUUUUUCGCCACUUCUCACUACGUCGCCACCAAGAAAGGGGUGUCCACGCUGGCUAUCAUUCUGGGAACCUUUGGCGCCAGCUGGCUUCCCUUCGCCAUCUACUGCCUGGUGGGCGAGCGGGAUUAUCCGCCGGUGUACACGUACGCCACGCUGCUGCCGGCCACCUACAACUCCAUGAUCAACCCCAUCAUCUACGCCUACAGGAACGCCGAGAUCCAGCGCUCCAUCUACAUGCUCCUGUGCGGCUGUUUUCACGCCAAGGGCUCGUAUCGGUCCAGGUCGCCCAGCGAGGUCUGAACCGCCUCGGCCUUCUGACAAUCUGCCGAGAGAAGCGAAUGUCGUACGAACAGUCUCUGCACUUUAGGGGAAAUGCUGUGAACACCGCGCGACAAAAGACUCUGCUCACCUGUGAAUGUAAAUUUUAAUGGGAAGAAAUGGAAAACUUGCACUUUAUUUAUUUAUUUUUCUUAUGUUGGGAAAUGCCAAAGCAGUAUUGUAAC